AUGGACAACCUGACUGAAUCGAUGAGAAACACUCAUUUGGAAGAUGGACCUGGAGAGUUAGAGCAGUUGCUAUUUCGUCCGCAAGCGGAUAGUGGAUUAGCGGAGAAAGCCCUGGACAAUAUUCCUCGUUACCUUUUUCGCGUCGUCUCUCCUCGUUCUGAUGGAGAAACAAAUAGGAUAUGGGCCCGUUCAGAGUCGGCUUACCGAAAAAGGAGCUCCUCUUUAGAGGAUAUUUUCUUCCUCCUAGACAAGAAGAAACGGACGACCAUAGCUCGUACACUCAACGUGCAUCUACGAUGGUGGCCAAAGGAAGGUUUGGAAGACAAUUUUGUAUCGUGGACGAGCUCGUUACUUUUCGCAAUUCAGUACAUCUACUACCGGCGUCUAAGCAGCAAAGACGGAUCGAGUUUGGAGGAUAUCCAGUUAUAUGUCAUAGAUACGAAACGGUUUCCAAUAGGAACAUUUCUUCGCGAUUUGGACCUGAUUAAUGCGUUCCGCGAAUUUGACGAUCAUGGCAAAAUGAAUCUUGAAAAUUUACAGCUCCUGCGCACUAACUACGGCUAUUACUUUGGAGAAUAUCUCUCACAAGGAUCGUUGAAGAUUAAAGACAAGUGUCAGAUAGUCUCCGCCAAAGUGCUCUUCGAUGAUGAUCGAUUGCACCGUAUACAACCUGAAUUUACCAAACGCAGCGACAUAUUGGAGAAAGGAAAAGCAGAAUGGGCGAAUGAAGUCGUUCGUCUUCGAGGUAUCAUCUGGCCAGUCGACAAGGCAAAAAGAUUGCCAACAGCAGAAAUACUCGAUCGCUUACGGGCUAUUGGAGAAAUUGUAGCCAACUUUGAACCCGAGUGGAGAUUCGCUCUUGCUAUCUACUUUGCAGCAUUAACCGGCUGCGAAUCAGUAACAGAUGAUCAAGAAACGGCAAAUGAUAAUGUCAUUUUUGCAUACUUUCGAUCCGAGUCUUUUAACGACACAAUGCCUGAACUGAAACAAGUCAAAAGACUCGCUCGUGAAAUACACAAGGACUUCCUGUUGAGACAGGCGUUAGAUCUGACCGGUGCUUCCGAAGCAAAUAUUCGCCAUCUACAUACGCAAAAUGUUUUCUCAGACAGUGGAAGUGCUUUUACUGUGACCGAUUCGAAUGAGGUUUUGGCUCGUGCUGGCGAAACUCUCUUGAUAAGGCUUCGCACUGUACAAAUGCUGUGUGAGGAAGUUGCACGAGCCAUUUCACCAGAUGGGGCAUAA